UGCAGGCUAAUGGAACCCUGUUGAUAUGCUGCUAAUCUCCGUGGGGCCGCUCCAUCAUGUCAACAAACUUCGGAUCCUCCGAUUCCCCGCUUAUCACCAAGCUAUAUUGUUUACCCAUAUAUUCAUAUCAUUAUCAGUUGUUUAACAUUCAUUAUUAUUUAUUGUUUAAUGGGGUAACAGUAGCGAGAAUUCCAAAUAUUACACAUACAAUAAUGUCGGGCAGUGAAACCAACAAAACACCGCUGCAGCAGCCACAGCACCAGCAGUUCGCACUGCUGCCCAAGAUCAUCAACGGCGGAAUCGCGGGCAUCAUUGGCGUAACAUGUGUCUUCCCACUGGAUUUGGUCAAGACGAGGCUGCAGAACCAGCAAAUCGGACCCAAUGGCGAACGCAUGUACAACAGCAUGUUCGAUUGCUUCCGAAAGACGUACAAGGCCGAAGGAUACUUUGGCAUGUACCGCGGCUCUGGCGUGAACAUCCUGCUGAUCACCCCCGAAAAGGCCAUCAAAUUGACCGCCAACGACUACUUCCGCCACAAGCUGACCACCAAGGAUGGCAAACUUCCGCUAACCAGUCAGAUGGUUGCCGGCGGACUGGCCGGUGCAUUCCAGAUCAUCGUCACCACGCCAAUGGAGCUGCUCAAGAUUCAGAUGCAGGACGCGGGCCGAGUGGCGGCGGCGGCCAAAUUGGCUGGCAAGACGGUGGAGAAGGUGUCGGCCACCCAGUUGGCCUCGCAAUUGAUCCGGGAGAAGGGCAUCUUUGGGCUGUACAAGGGUAUCGGAGCCACAGGAUUGCGGGAUGUCACCUUCUCAGUCAUCUACUUCCCCCUGUUCGCUACGCUCAAUGAUCUGGGUCCCAGGCGCAAUGACGGUUCUGGAGAGGCCGUGUUCUGGUGCUCCUUCCUGGCCGGUUUGGCGGCAGGUUCAACCGCUGCCCUUGCCGUCAAUCCCUUCGAUGUGGUCAAAACGCGUUUGCAGGCGAUCAAGAAGGCUGAUGGCGAGAAGGAGUUCAAAGGCAUAUCCGAUUGCAUCACUAAGACGCUUAAGCAUGAGGGACCCACCGCUUUCUUCAAGGGCGGUCUGUGCCGAAUGAUUGUGAUUGCCCCUCUGUUCGGAAUCGCCCAGACUGUCUACUAUCUGGGCGUGGCCGAGGGGCUGCUGGGCGUGCAGAAAAAUGUUUUGCCCAAGAUCAUAAAUGGCGGCAUUGCCGGAAUUAUUGGUGUGACAUGCGUUUACCCACUGGACAUGGUCAAGACACGACUGCAGAGCCAGCAAAUCGGACCCAAUGGCGAGCGCAUGUACACCAGCAUCGCCGACUGCUUCCGCAAGACGAUCGCCAGCGAGGGGUUCUUUGGCAUGUACCGAGGCUCCGCGGUGAACAUCCUGCUGAUCACCCCCGAAAAGGCCAUCAAAUUGACGGCCAACGACUACUUUCGCUAUCAACUGGCCACCGCUGAGGGGGAUCUUUCCCUGCCGCGGGCAGCAUUGGCCGGCGGCCUGGCGGGUCUGUUCCAGAUCGUGGUCACCACUCCCAUGGAGCUGCUCAAGAUUCAGAUGCAGGACGCCGGGCGGGUGGCCAUUGCCGCCCGGGCAGCGGGACGUGAGGUGAAGCAGAUGACGGCCAUGGGCCUCACCAAGCAGCUCCUCCGUGAGCGGGGCGUCCUGGGCCUGUACAAGGGAGUGGGUGCCACCGGGGUGCGAGACAUCACAUUCUCGGUGGUGUACUUUCCGCUGAUGGCCACCAUAAACAAUAAAGGGCCUCGCAAGUCGGACGGUUCCGGCGAGGCGGUCUUCUACUGGUCCCUGCUGGCCGGACUACUGGCAGGGAUGACGGCCGCCUUUCUGGUCACACCGCUGGACGUGAUCAAGACCCGGCUGCAGGCCGAUGGCGAGAAGGAGUUCAACGGCAUCGUGGACUGUGUGCGGAAGACCCUUAAACGCGAGGGUGUGCCGGCAUUCUUUAAAGGCGGUCUCUGUCGGAUGAUGGUAGUGGCACCCCUGUUUGGAAUCGCACAAAUGUUCUACUUUUUGGGCGUGGGCGAGAAGAUGUUGGGCAUCGAGCAAAAGAAAUCAGUGUAGAAUGAUUUCGCAGCCGAUUUUUAAGGAAAUCCAUUACUUAACACUUUUUAAAUCAUUUUAUGAAACCUGACCAUAACCAAGUUUUUAUAGCUCCCUCUAUUUGACAGAUAAUAUAAAAUUUACGUCAUGGACUAUUAUUUUGGAA